UUUAAGGCCUGUUAUAAGAAGAGUAAUAUAAUACUUCCUCUAAUCCGCAAGUCUUCUUUAUAUCUCUUUUACUUCUUUAUAGGCAAUAACCUAUUUUACCGGGCCUUCCGGACAAAUAUCCGGAUAUAUAAUUAUACUUUUGUUUUUAUAUUAGUUAAGUAUAAGAAGAAUAUAUAA